AUGGCAGGCCCUGCCGCGCGUCACUGGGAGCAGAAUAAGGAAGCCACUGUCUACGUUGGCAAUAUCCACGAAGACGUCACCCAGCAGCUUCUGACAGAGCUUAUGAAUCACCAUGGCCGCGUGCGCACUAUCAAUAUGCCCGUCGACCGCGUCAACGGCAAGCACCAAGGUUUCGGCUUCGUCGAGUUCGCGACCGAGACCGACGCCGACUACGUUAUUUCGAUCCUCAACGGCACGCGCCUUUUCAACUCAGCGAUACGCAUGAACAAGGCUUCUGCAGACAAAGCGAAGAGCGUAGAGGUCGGCGCCGAGUUGUUCAUCGGCAACCUGGAUCCCAUGGUGGACGAGAGAUCGCUAUACGACACCUUUCUACGUUUCGGACAGCUCGUUAGCGCUCCCAAGAUUGCGCGCGACGAGUUCAACAUGUCCAAGGGCUACGGCUUCGUCUCGUACGCCGACUUCGAAGCCUCGGACGCAGCCAUUGCGAACAUGCAUGGCCAGUACGUGAUGAGCAAGCAAAUAUCCGUGCAAUACGCGUAUAAGAAGGACGGACAGGGCGCGCGUCAUGGAGACGAGGCAGAACGUCUGCUUGCGAAACAGGCAAAGGCGCACGGUGUAGCACCCGCUGUGCAACCUCUUCCCGCCCAUCUCUUCCAGGCUCCUCCACCACAGACUCCCGCAGGACCCCGCGGCGUUCCCGGCGCACCCAAUGGACCAUCAGGAUACGGAGGACCACCUCCCCGCGCCCCGCCGCAAGCUCCACCCUCUCUUCCACCGCUGCCUUCAGGGCUGCCGGCAAGGCCCCCAAGUGGCGCUCCACCUGCGAAUUUCUACCCUCCGCCCCCUGGGUUCCCUGGUGGUCCUCCUCCACCAGGCUUCGCACAGCCUCCGCCGGGUUUUGGAAGAUGA